AUGUCGCGGUGUAUUGGUCGCGAUAGGCCUCUAAACUCAAUUGUUGGCAGUAUAGCCCGCUCGUGCGGCCCGCCAGCGGACACGCAGCACGGCUGGCACGCCGGCGAGUGCUACACGUUCGGCUGCCGCGUCACCUACCACUGCGCAGAGGGCUUCGAGCUGGUCGGCCGCCCGGACCGCUUCUGCCAGGCCGACGGCACGUGGAGCCCGCGGGAGCUGCCCGCCUGCGUGCCCGUGCAGUGCCCUCCGCCUGACAACCCUGGCAACGGGAAGGCGAUCUACACAUCCUGCUCCUACAAUUCGGUUGUCACGUACGAGUGCAAGGAUGGAUACACACUUGUAGGGGAGCCAACACGUAGGUGUGGAGCUGACAAGAAGUGGACUGGGGAGCAGCCAGAGUGCAAAGAAAUAAACUGUGGCCAUCCGGGCAUCCUGUACAAUGGAUGGCUUGAGAAUAUCGAGGCUGGUACUGGUCUUGGUGCAAGUAUUAUCUUCAGGUGCCAUGAUGGCAUGAAGCUGGAGGGAAACACCUCAACUGUGUGCCAGAUUGAUGGUCGGUGGCGAUAUCCUUUGCCAAAAUGUCUAGCUCCAUGUGUUGUACCAAGUGUGAGACAGGGUAGGAUUCAGUUGUGGGUAGGGAAUGAAACAACAGAUGAGCUGCCACUGGUAGUCCAACAUGGGGAACGGUUGUUCGUAAAGUGUGAUCCAAUGUAUGAGUUUCCAGCAAAUCGAACACCUAUUUGCAACAAUGGUACAUGGACUGUUAUGCCUCGAUGUGGACCAGCUCGCUGCAAGCGUAUGCCCAGAGCUCCCAGGAAUGGCUUGGUCAUUGCUCCCAAAACAGAACAUGGUAUGCUCGCUCGUUUUAAGUGUAGGGAUGGUUUCACACUUCGUGGAGGGAAUGUGACUGAGUGCCGUUAUGGAAACUGGACUGGCGAAUUACCAUAUUGUCAGGAAGUGUACUGCCCAUUUCCUGGGUACAUUGAAAAUGGCAGAGUCAUGUUGGUUGGGAACAUGGGAGUGUAUGAUUACCGCCCAUAUGUACGCAAGGUCACCAACAAUAAGCAGAUCAUUUAUGAAUGUGAACGUGGCUAUGUUCUUGGAGAUGGGCCACCUGGAGCCACAUGUAUUGGUGGACGAUGGAGUCCUAAGGAGCUUCCUCGGUGUAUUAAAGGACUGCAUCCAAGACUUCGAUGGAGUCGCUCAGUACAGGAACAGAGGCAGGCAGUUUUUUUGAGUCCAAAAUUUGCAGAACGUAUCAGACAGUUUGAACGUGAUUUAUUGGUGAAAUCAUCACGUGCAUCUUAUUUAGGAAAGAAACACACUAUUGAAAUCACAUCAGUACAGCACUCUUCAUUACCAAGUUAUACAAUGAUUAAUGUGUCAUCAGAAGUGGAUCAGCAACAACCUCAAAUCCCUCAAGGGAGGAUUUUUGGUGGGCAGCACAAACCAGUUGUUAUUCGUGAAGCUGGCCAAAGAAAAAGCUUUCACCCUGAAGUAAGGUACCAGAAGACAUCAUUCCGAUUCAAUUCACCAGUGUACAAAGAUCCUGAUAAUGAUGCUAUUGGGUGGAUAAUACAUCAUAAGGGUCAUAAUAUCCAACAAAAUAAGAAGAGUGAAAAGUAUCUAACUGAUUCACAAAACAUUAUGGAUGAUUAUUCUGCUGCUGGAAGAUUGGGUCUAAAAUCAGUGGCUGAAUAUAGUGAAACAUUGAAAAGAACAGAUAAAGAACACACACUACGAAGAUUAAAACGUGCUCUGCUGAAAGGACACCAGUCAAAGCAGGGACUUCAACUGAUGACGAAAAAUAAAAACACCAGUCCUCGAAUUAAAAAGAAAGGCCGCCCCCGAACAAGAGAUAGGGUCAAGGGCACAAAAGCUGGUCCCUGUGAGCCUUUAUCUAGUGAACCCUUUGUGAAGAUUGAAAUUCUGAAGAAUGGCCGUGAUCCCAUUCACAAUUACUCAACUGGGACUGUGGCACGUGUUACAUGUGAUCAAGGUUAUGGUCCGACACUCAGCAACAACACUGCUAAAUGUGCACGAGGCCGCUGGAGACCUGGGAAACCUGACUGCAUUGCUUUACCAUGUCACAUUCCCAAAAUGGAGCACGGACUGUUUCGUUUAGCACCAGCUGAUGGCAAGCCAGGUGUGAUGUUAAAUGCAAGUGCAGAUGUACCCCAUGGUAAAGUUGUAGACUUUGGUUGCAUUAUUGGUUACAAUAUAAAAGGACCAAACAAUAUGCAGUGUUGGCAUGGGGAGUGGUCUUCGUCACAGGAGCCAGAGUGCACGCCAGCACCAUGUGAGCUACCAAUGAUUACAAAUGGUCAGUAUCUUUCUGGAUAUCGUGCUGGUCUCACAAUAGCUCAUGGAGCAUCAGUAAACUUCCAAUGUGACAGUGACUACAGCAAAUCAACUGCACAGCCUGUUGAAUGUUCGCUUGGAAUGUUGAAGCCAAGAACUCCAGCAUGCCGACACUUAUCACCAAACUACAGAUAUGGUAAUAUGACAGGAAAACUUUCAGAAGUGGAUUUGCAGUUCAAAGGAGGUAGUGAUAUCACCAAGGGUGGUGAUAUAAGUGUAGUAGAUUUCCCAGAAGGCUAUCGAAGAGGGUGUGGUCCCCCAGCGCGUGUCCAGGGUUCUCUAGUCUACCGUGAUGGGGAGCCAAUUGAUGACUCCGAUAAGAGCUGGGAACCAUCCAAUUUUCCAGAUGGAACAGAAGUGACAUUCAAUUGCAUAGCAAGUAUAAUGGGGGAGAAGACAACAUGGCGUAUUGUUUGUGAAGACGGUAGUUGGGUGGGCAGAUCCCUUAAUUGUGAAGGUGAUGAAGCUCAGGAUGGUCAUACUGAAAUGAAAAAUAGUACAUGCAUCUACCGCAACACAGAGCCAAAUCUUGUGUCUUUCUACAAUGACCAACACAUAACUGAAGAAGUUGUAGAAUUUCCUCCUGGGUCUGUCCUGGUAUCUCGCUGUGUUGACAUUGGAAAAUACGCCAUGAUUGGUUCAAGUCACAGGCGUUGUAUUGGUGGAGAAUGGGAUGGGCAGAAACCUGUGUGUUUUGGACUGAAUCAACAGAAUGACUAUGCUUUGGAGAAACCCCCAACAAUACUUUUUCGUCAUCAGUUAGGCCCUAUUGCACAGAGCAAUGACGGACGGCUAAUAGUAUACCCUGGCACAAUAUUGCACAUGGAAUGUCUCUGGAUACGUCGAUUUGGAACUCCUAAGUGGGUUAUUAGUCACAAUUAUAGAAAGUAUCCAGAAGGAUGGACGACAGAUCCAGGAAGAGACUCACAACUGGAAUAUCGCCUAAGUAUUUAUCAUGCCAGUCGUGAUGAUUCUGGAGUUUUCACAUGUGUAACUCCAACUCGUCACACUCACGCAGUUGAAAUUGUUGUCAAAGCUGUUCACUGUCCUCCUAUUCCAUCACGUAGAGGCUUGAAUGUGAACACGCUUAAUACCAAGAUGAAUACAAAGAUUUUGCUCUCUUGUGCAAAUGGAAAUUCACUCAUUGGUGCACCAGAGAUUACAUGUCUUCCAUCUGGAAAUUGGAGUGCACCAAUACCCAUCUGUGAAAGUAUAGAGUGCGCGGAUCUGGUAAAUCUGACAGAUCCUCAUUUACGAGUGUCAAUUCUGAGCAGAGAAGUUGGGGGCCGAGCAGUGUUCAGCUGUGCACAGGGCUAUGGACUGAGGGGUCCUCAUGAAGCUGUCUGCUUGCCCAGUGGUGACUGGACAACCCCAAUGCCAACAUGUCAAGAGGUACAAUGUGAUACACCACCAACACCAGAAAAUGGAUAUAUUCAAGGAUCUGGCCCUUAUAAGGCAGGUGAUGUUGUGCAGUUCAAUUGCAAUCCUGAAUUUAUGAUGGAAGGGCAGCCUAUAAUUGCCUGUCAAGAAAAUGGUCGGUGGUCUGGUUCAGUUCCAAAGUGUGUCCAAGCCUGUUCUUACCCAGGGACAACAAUUAGUGGAAGAAUGUCAGCUGUUAAGUUCUACUACAAAAUUGGAGAGACAAUUACAUUCACCUGUGAUGCAGAUUUAGAGCUCCGUGGAGCACCUAUGCUACGAUGUCUACGAAAUGGCAAGUGGUCCAAUGCUAUACCAACAUGUGUUUCGAAGACCAGUUAAUUUACUGUGAAUGUAGAUGAUACGAAUAUGAAAUACUAUAAGUUUUGAUAAUGAUGUAGAAGAACAAAAAUUCUUUCUGUUGUUGACAUUUUUGAUCAGCAAUGGUCAACACAGUGGGACAUCUAUAAAUUAUGAAUAUAUUUUCAUGGUGAUCAAUAAAGAAGAAAUUUGUUUAGAAUUUAUGCAUUGUUGGAAAAUGUUGAACAUUGUAAAGAGAAGGAGAAAACAAAAGUAGUAAUUAAGUAGACAGGAGGCCUUAAAUUGUGUUCUUUCAUACCCUUAUCUGCUUAGCUUAUAGACAUAAAACAUUUUUUUACACAUGCAAGUAAUGUUAUUACUUUAAAAAGUAUAUGUAAUGUUUAUAGAAGACUAAUGAACCAGUUAUUUCAAGUGUGAGAUAGCUUGAAUGUUAUUUUUGUAAAAUUAUUAUUGAAAAUGGAAUGAAUAUGGCUGGCUUCUAAACUGACAUUCUCUUUGACCAAUACUAGCAAAAUUGGAAUUUUGACACACACACACACACACACACACACACACACA